AUGACGCGACUUCUUAAAGCUGUUCCUUCAAAACGCUCCUUAAUUUCAAUGUUAAACUCAACAAGAACCAAACAUUGGUACCCCGAUGCGGAAUACUUCGCGCAGUUCCAGGGCCCCGUCAUGUAUCCCGACGAGGUCACCUCGAAAUGGAAAGUUCCCCCCUCAAACGCCAAAAAAGUGCCCAAGGAAGUUAAAGUGCAAAACAUGAAUAUCAACUUCGGUCCAGCACAUCCCGCAGCGCACGGCUGUUUGAGGAUGAUUUGUUUGUUGGACGGAGAGGUAGUAAAACGUGUGGACCCCCACAUUGGACUUCUACACAGAGGCACUGAAAAACUAAUCGAAUACAAGACCUACACGCAAGCGCUACCAUAUUUCGAUCGUUUGGACUACCUGUCAUGCCUCUGCAACGAACACGCUUACUGUUUGGCCAUCGAGAAGCUUCUGGACAUACAGGUGCCCAGAAGGGCCAAAUUUAUAAGAACCCUAUUCUCUGAAAUUACAAGAAUUAUGAACCACUUAGCAGCGGUGUCGUUUUUAACACUGGAUGUGGGAGCGAUCACGCCUUUAUUUUGGCUCUUCGAGGAGCGGGAGAAGUGCUACGAAUUCUGCGAGAGGGUGUGCGGAUCCAGGAUGCACGCGGGGUAUUUUCGGGUGGGAGGGGUCAGUCAAGACAUACCUAUAGGAUUGCUGCACGACAUCUACGAGUUGGUUUCAAAAAUACCCGAGAGGGUGGACGAAGUGGAGGAUUGUAUCACGACAAACCGGCUUUUCCUUGCGAGGACGCUAGGAAUAGGCGUCGCGACGGCUCACGGCGCCUUAAACAGAGGCUUGACUGGGGUAGUACUGAGGGCGACUGGGGUUAAAUGGGAUGUAAGGAAAACUCAACCAUAUGAAAUAUACGACGAACUGGAGUUUGACGUUCCAGUGGGGACGGGUGGAGAUAUAUAUACGAGGUAUUUAUUGAGACUAGAAGAAGUGAGGCAAUCGUGCCGGCUCAUAGUACAGAUAUUGAAUAAGAUGCCCGAGGGAGAGAUCAAAGUGGAUGACCAUAAGAUUUGUCCCCCUAAACGAGCUGAAAUGAAGACUUCCAUGGAAAGCGUAAUCCACCACUUCAAGCUGUUUUCUCAAGGGUUUCCAGUACCGCCCGGUGCAACGUAUACUGGAAUCGAGCACCCUAAAGGUGAAUUUGGUGUUUACGUGGUGUCGGACGGCAGUUCGAAGCCGUACCGUUGCAAAAUUAGGCCUCCAGCAUUUAUAGCCUUGUCCACCAUGGACUAUCUGAUCAGAAGUAGAACUGAUUUUCUUGCGGAUGUGGUGGCGAUUUUGGCAUCACUAGACGUGGUUUUCGGCGAUAUAGACCGAUAAGUAUAUUUUAGAGAUCAAUAUUCUAGUACUAUAAAGUUUGUUGUAUCGGAAAUAAAAAUGUAGUGCUUGCUUU